CAGGAGGUUCCUUGCCCACGGUCUCAUUACUGAGUUGCAAGAGGGCUGGGCGGGGGGGGGAAAAAGAAGAGAAAUUAGAAGAGAGGGAAAAUGUUUCCAAUUAGAUCAUCAAUUCUCCAUGAAAAAUCCCAACUUCAAGAACUCAACUCUCGUCUGGAAUCCUACCUCAACAGGGUCCGGCAACUCGAGGAAGAAAACCGAUGGCUUGUGAGAGAGAUCCAGCAGGCGAGGAGCGAGGGGAGGACGGAACGCAAUAAAGCUUGCGAAGAGGAGAUCAAACAGAUGAGAUGGAAGCUGAAGGAACUGGCAAAAGAGAAAACAAAAACUGAAAUGCAACGGCAAAGCUUGUGGCAAGAAGUGAUGGAGCUCCAGGCACUGUGCAACACGGAGCAGAUAGCGCGCAAAGGCAUCCUUCAGGAGCUGUCUGAACAAGAGAAAGUUCAUCAAAUCGAAGAAAGAACGAACGCAGCCCUCGAAGAAUAUAUAUUUCAACUGCAAAGUGAAUAUCAAAUCCUAGAGGCUGAACAUGAGCAAGCAAAACUAGAAAUGACAGAGGAGAUCAGAAGAGCCCCCCAAACCAUUGUCGCGCAGUGCUGCAACGUGGCGUUAGUGGAGCAGGGUGUUGAAAAUUAUGCUGCCCUGUUCUCAGAAAUGUGGGGAGAGACCUUUGAGAUGUACAAGAGUAAAAUAGAGGAACUAGAAUUCAUUGUGCAGCAGGGCAGAGGGAGAAGUGAAGACUUGGAAAAAGAAAAGAUACUUCUUGUUCGAGAGAUUGAGGCCCUGAAGAAAGAACUCCGAGAUCAGAAUGAUCUCCAAAAACGACUUGAAGAUGAUUUCUUAAUAGUACAAGAGAAGCAGGAUAUGGAUGUGGGAGAAUACCAGAGGGCAAUUGAAUUACUGAAUGACGAAAAGCAACAUCUUGAAUCAAUCAUUGACCAGAAUCUGAAAGAGCAACAACAACUGAUGCAGAUGAAGAUGGGACUCAGUCUUGAGGUUGCAACCUACAGAGCUUUGUUAGAAGCAGAAAAGAAUCAACAAUUGGAGACGCAAGAUCAUUUACAAAAAUUCAGGCGAGGCAUGGAUACUACAUCACAUACAUUUGAUGUACGGCCAACUAUUGAAUGGCGAGGUGAAAAAAAAUGGAUGCCCAUUAGGGAUAUUCCUAUGAACGUCAGAGGAGAUGUCAUGAAUAUCAGAAAAAGAGUAAUACCAAAUUCUAACCCAUCUGCAACAAAGACAACAAAAAGUUUAUUCUUUAAUGCAGAUCUGCCUAAUGUCGACAAAAAGUUGUCCUCAAAGGUUCACAAAGAUAUGUUUGCUUCAGCAGUGACAAGAAAUGCCUAUAGAGGCUCCACCAUGAUUAGUCCAACAUAUUAUGACCGAUACAGUACACGAAAGGACCAUCAGGCUCAACACAAAGUGUUCCCUGCAAAGAUUGAAAGAAAGAGUGAAGUGAGAGUCGAUAAACCAGGCAUGCAAUGGCCAGAGUAUCACACACCAGUGACCACAAGUCAAUCCACAUUGGAGGGCAAAGGCAAUGCAUCAAAUGAUGCAAAUAAAAUCUCCAAGUCCAAUGAACCAACACCACCUGCUCCUUUAAAUGAAAUGAGAGGUCAUGAUUUGAACAGAAAGUCUGCUGAACCAUCCAAAGAUGAAAACUAUGCGACUCAGUCCACAAAGGAUAUGUCGGCAUUUAGACAUGCUCUAAGAGAGGAAGACUUCAAAACAGGCCUUGAUGAUGUGGAGAAACUUACCGGUCCUAGAAAAAUUGUGUGUUCUGCUGAAAAUGGGGCAAAAGUAGAAAUAACAUCAGAAUAUUUGAAAACUGAUGGAACAGACAAGAAGGAAAUAAUGUCCAAGGAGGAAUCCAAUGAUGAUCAAAUAAUCAUCAUCGGCAAAGAAGGGAGUCCGAGAGACAACAUUAAAAUUGGGGAUAAGAUUAUAAAACCCACUGAUUUAGAAAAAAUGAAUUUUGAACCGGAAACCAAUGUCACUUAUGUUGAGAAGGAAGAGAUCCUGGAUGAUGGUACGACCAAAAGAGAAAUCACUAUACAGUCAACAACAGAAAAAGUUAUGGAUGAUUCAUAUGAGUAUAGUCUGGAGGAGCUAUUGAAUGAAAAGGAGCAGAGUCCAGAACAUCAACUAAAAGAGGCUUUGGAGCAUUUAACAGGUACACCAACAGAAAAUGUUUUGGAAGGAUUGUUUAAGCUAGGUUUUAAAGGAAGGGAAUCUUUGGAGAACAUAUCGGUGAACUUUGAAGUAAGUGAGGAAGCUUUUGAAUACCCAACUGAAGCUGAUGAUUCUUCCAUGCCUGAAGACAGUUUAAGUACAGAAGAGAAUGAAGAUAAAUCUUCACCUUUAGGUGAAAUAAUUGACCAGCAUGAAGAAGCACUAAAUGUUUCAAUGACUGCCGAGGACUUUAGGAAAACAAUGCUAUCAAACACAGAACCAACUUUGCAGAAAAUCACAGAGAGGUCAAUUGGAGCUUCCUCUUCAAAUGAAUAUGAUGAUGAUGGUGACUCAGAAGACUCUGAAUACUUGAAAGCUACAGAACGAGAUACCCUCCCAAAAGAGUUCUUCACCCAAACCAUCAUAGAAAAGUCUAUUAAAGUUCCACAAGAUGUCAAAACAUCUAUUGUGGAACUACUGAGUGAGGGGACAGAGGAUCCUAAACUUAAACUCAAAGGAGCUUUAGAACACCUGAAAGAGGCUGUGCCUAAAAAUGUUAGAGAUGAGCUUUCUAUGCUCACCAGUGAUGACAAACAAGGAUCUGAUGAUAUAUCAGUUGAUAUUAAAAAUGUAGAACAAUCUUCUGAAAGUGGUGUUGUCACAAUCGUGGCAGAAGUGAACAUGUCACAAAGUCUUGAUCCUGAAGAUUUCCAUCUGAUGGGUCAAUACAAUGAAAAUGAAGCAAAUGAACAUGAAAUGAUGUCAAGAUUGAUGCCAUUUGAUGAUCAGCAACAAAUACUAAGUAUUUUGAGGAGGAGAGGCCUUGAAAUGUCUGAAGAUGCAGAUGAUGAAAGUGGAAUGGAAAUAAAAAUUACAGAUACUAAAGAGCGUGUCACAACUUCAUUGGACAGCACUGCACCAGAUGAAGAUGACUUCAAUGAAGAGCCAACAAAUCUCAGAGAACCAGCAUCUAAAGUAACUGUGCAUAAAAUGGUAGUGAUUGAAGACAUGGGAAGUAACCUGUCUGAGCAAAGUGCAUGGCCACAGCAGGUAGCAACUAAAAUGUAUGAUGAAGGGUUAAUUCAAAGAGGCUUUGAUUCCACAGAUUCAUCAGUAACCUUCCACAUGGACAUGAACAGAAUCAUGUCAAUGUCUGGCACUGGAGGUGAAAUAAGAAGAGAAGAACUGGAUGAAGAAACAGAUGAACGCGGAGCAGAUAAUUACAGUGCUAAAGAAAGAGAAUCAGAGAACAGAAGUUACAGUGAGGCAGGUGCUACUGCAGACAGUGGAUUACGAGCUUCUGAUUCAGAAAUGAUGGAACAUAUUACCAUUUCGAACUCACCGGCCAUGGGCAAGGUCACAGGUUCUACAAGUUUCUAUAAGAAAAUUGCAAUUUUGAACCUUGAUGAGUUUCAGUCAAAUGAAUAGUAAAGAACUUUUUUUUGAAAAAAAGCAUUAAGCCCUCAAGACUAGGAAAUGAAAUGGUUGAACUGCACUACUAGUGAGUGCACAGGUAGAGGUUGAAUGGCAUUGACCAGGGUUACAUAACGCUUUUUUUUCAUAUAACACCUUGCUUGGAAGUCACUAAUAUGGCUUAUAAUCAUGCAUUUAUGCAGCUUUUGUCCCCAAAUAAAUCAGUGACAUUUGUAACACCAAGUUUUCUGAGGUCUUGUGAUGCCAGAAAAACACGGAGAAAAGUAAUUAUUUGCAAUUAACCGUGAGGUCCAGGAAUGUGCCAUAGACUCACUAAGAGAGGGAAAAGCUUUUGACGAACAAAACCAGGAGGAAACAAAGGCUGUUAUUUUUUGCGGAAUAUCCUCAAGGAGUAACUUUUGACAUUGAACAUCACAGUACAAGUAGUUACUGUUCUGAGGCCCUCCCUGAAGUACCUCUGUUCAAAAAGUCUUAUAGUUCAAAAUCAAAUGCUAAAAUAUUACAAUACCCAAAAGCAGCCAGUAUUGUAAUCAGUGCUUUCAAUCAGUUAGCUAAGAAUUACUAGUAGUUAAUUUAGUUAUUCAACAAUCUACAAAAUUUAACUAUCCUCCUCCAAAUAAUGUUCCUAUUUGCCUCCCCAGUUCUCAUCAGAAUCUCCAUAUCCCAGCCAAAAUGAAGUUAAUGAUAAUUCCUAAUAUAACUAACUGCGCCGAGCUGUCUAUUAUAACAAAAGACAUUCACAAGCUUGACCUAACUAUUCUAUGCAGCAGAAUCUGGAGUAGCUGACUAUAUGCACCUUUUAACCCUUAGUGAACCAGCAGGCCAAAGAAUUUCACUCUCCCUACCAACCAUUUUUGUACUUUUUUAGAUCACUCACAACACAAAUAUUACAGUAAAAGUAUAAUAAAAUAUUACUUUUGCUGUAUACAAAUAUGUUUAAAAACGUUUAAAUAUAAAAUAAACACUGAACUAGUUACACUACAUUGGGUUGAGAAGAAAUCCCUAAGAGAUAUAACUCAAAAUAAAGCUUCAUGGUGAGAUGCCAUUGCUGACAUUUGGGGAAGAGGAUGGUUUGAUCCACAAAUUACGUACUUAUCCAUUUCUGGUCAGCAAUUACUAAAAUGGACAGAAAAUGUCAACUUUAUCCUCCCAUACCUCAUUCCUUGCUAAUUCAACUCAAAUCUUCACAAAUUAGUGCAUUACAUAUAUAUAUGCAUAGGUUAUUUGAAAGCGACUGUAAAGGUGGUGGGUCACUCACAGCAUUUGUAUAUUCUGCGGCUGAAAAUGUAUCGUCAGAUGUUACUACUAACUUUCUCCCAUCUCAUAAAAUAAAUGACCCCUUUUCAUUGCAUUUCCUAAUUGCAACAAGGACAAUUCUUUUGAUCACAUCUCAAAGCCACUUCCAAUCAGCUGUUAGAAGAUAGUCCAGGCACGCUAUUAUCUUUUUCCCUCUAAGACCCAAGAAGUCUUCUUCCUGGUUAUCCUGGCUUCACUUCCCCUCCUCUUCCAAAAUUGUACCUGAAUUUAAAUUAGUUAUUCUUAUUGUUGUUUAUGGAACAUUGGUGGGUGCAGAUUGACUGCUGCUUUUGCCUAUAUAGCAACAUUCACUUUCAUUUGUAAUUAAUUUUGUAUUGGAGCUGUUUAUUUUAAAAUGAAAGGCGCUAUAUAAAUGCAAGUUAUUAUUAACCUGUGCUUCAUGGCUGUGCUUGAUAACCUUCCAAGAUUAGCAAUUAACUGUCCUGUGGAGAAUGGCUCAGAACAUCAGAAGAAACCAGGAUUUUGGUCCUACAUCUCCAGGCUCAUGACUAAUGCUAUAAGUGGACUGCUGAAAUCUGUGAGGAAUGAUGAUUUUUUUAAAAAAAACUAUUUCCUUAACAGCAAAUUUAGCCAUUAUUUGUGGGAAAGGAUUUAAAGUAGCUGUUUCAACAUAUGUAAUCAGAAUAAACGACAUUAUGAAUGUGUACGCUUAAGAUGUUCACAGCGCAAACCUGCUUUAACAUAACAGAUAGUUAAUGUGUGAACUGGAAAGGGAGGUUUGAGAAUUUCUUGUCAUAUGUUCAAUAUUGAUGAUUGUUUUCCCCCAACUCCUUCCAGUUUUUGAGACCACAAAAGCUUCUUGCUUGUCAUUCGUGUUGAGCAAGCACAAACUCCAUAUUCCAGGUCCUGGGAAUCCAAGUUGAGAAAUGUUAAAGCUAAAAAUGUUGGGAUUCAUUCUGAGUGUUAAAGAGGAGGAAAAGGUUACCAAAGAAAGAUUUUUCGGGAUCAUGGAAAGGACUGGUAAAGUUGAUUCAGACAAAUUGUUUAAAGAUUUCAGAUUUAGAAAACAUAAUUUCAAAGUAAAUCAGAAAGUCAGGGACAUAUAUUUCAUACAAAGGGUAGAAUAAAUUAUUGCCGAUCAUGUUGAAGCAAAUGAGUUGAAAUGACACUGGAUAUGCUUUGGGAGAAUGUGGGGAUAGCAGGAUAUACAAGGAUGAAAUUGAUGGAAGGUUUCUCCACAAAUUGAAAUCAUUUUUUUUUGCUCAAAGUGAGUUUAAAAGCUAACUUAACAUUCACAGGUUUGCUAAGAACAUGAGAAAGUUGGAAACUCAAUUCUGCUAAAAUCUGAAAGGAUUCAGACUCCUUAGUGCAAUUUAGAGAGGGUUCUUUCUACUGAUAAAGUUAAUUCAAUCUGAGAGAUCAUAAUAUGGGUUUUCAGAAUGAAUAAACCUGGAGUUGCUAACCUGAUAGUUCUGCACACAUUUUACAUUUACUUCUCUGGCUAACUAUGUGAAAACAAUUUAAUCAUGUUGCUGUUUUGUUUUUCUGUAUUCUUUUGUAAAAAUAUUUGCAUUUAAGAGUAAAACACUUUUUGCAACUUCAA